GACCAGAAAACGGAAAUGGUAUUUGAAGCCUCGUAAACAAUCGCUUUCCGACUGUCUCUUUCAAACAAACCGUGAUACAAACGCCUAGUUUAUAAGAAUACCACUAUUUAAUCGUGUUUUAUCUAAGUUGGGAUAGUCACCGGGAUCUCUGCUCGUCGAACUGUGAGACGGUAGGAGAGAGAGAGAGAGAAACAGAAACAGAUUGAGAGAUGGGUCUGUCAGAGAAAGAAGAGAGUGUCUUGUUGGAUAAAAAGCUGCUUGUCUUUAUGGACCAACUGGAGCUGCUGGAGGAGAAACGAGAGAGACUCAACUCUUUAAUAGAACAGGGAUGGUUCUCCAUGUCCAAAGCGAGGUAUUCGAUGGGCAACAAGCAGGUGUCUGCUCUGCAGUAUGGGAGUGAGAUGGAACCUCUGGUCCGAGUCCACACCAGGACUCUGGAGAGUGGUGAGGCCGAGUUCCAGACACAGAGAAGGACGCUGAAGUCUCCUGAAGAGAGACAGGUGGAGGACAUUGGACCUAAAGACAAGGAGGGUGUGAGGAGAAGAGUGAAGACGCAGGAGGUUCCAGAGAUAGACCAGAGUGACAACAAGCAUCCGUGGACAGAGACCGAGACGGCUCCUUCCUCCAAACCUGAAACCAACCCCCAGCAGGACCCACUGAAGUGGUUUGGAAUCCUGGUGCCUCAGACCCUGAAACAGGCCCAGGCCUCAUUCAAACAGGCGGUAGAGUUGUCAGCGGAGAUGGCUGCUCUCCAGUCUGCAGUCCUGACCACCAGACAACAGCUGCAGAUGAAACAGAAGAGCAGGAGCCAGACCUCGGACCAGACGGACGGACAGACUGACCUGACUGACAGACUGACCUGAUUGACAGACUGACAGACUGACCAGACGGACAGACUGACCAGACGGACCUGACUGACCAGAUCAUGGUUUAGCAUACACAGCCACUCUCUCCCACAUAGUAUAGUAGUGCACUUUCAUACAAAGGCUGAGUGGGCUGCAGCACCCCUGAUAAAUAAAUAAAUAAAUAAUAU